AUGGCAGAGCCCCUGAGUGUGCUCCACAUUAUUAAGACGAUCAUUGGUGUGAUUGGCCUGAUCGGGAACGGCGUUGUGGCCACUGUUAUCUGCAAGGUGAAGUUCAUGCACACAUUGACUAACGCCUUCAUCUGCAACCAGGCCGUGGUGGACUUCCUCGGCUCUCUCUUUCUGAUCGUGACAAGUACCAUCCCAGUCCCCGACCCCUCUCCGCACACGUCGGCCUGCAAACUCUGGCUGCCUGAUGUCUUGCUCUGGGCCUGCUUCACGUCGUCCACCUUCAACCUGCUGUCGGUUUCCUGUGAGCGCUACGUAGCUAUUGUGGUCCCGUUCAAAUAUGCCACUCUUUACACUAAAAAAUCUGUCACAUGCAUGAUUGUGGCCAUCUGGCUGUUGGGACCCAUUUUUGAGGCACCUUACGAAGCAGCACUAACAACCUACAAAGAUGGCUUUUGCCUCCUCUCGUCAGAAAUCGCCUGGUUUUGCGUUGUUUUCUUCCUGGUCAAGCUCUUUGUCCCUGCAAUCCUAAUGAUAUUUUUCUACUCGCACAUGGCCGUGAAGCUGAAACGAAGCGCCAAUCGUAUUGCCGUCAUUGCCCCAACUGUGUCGGGUCAAGUGGAAUCGGCUCCAGGCGAUAGGAUGGGUGAGUCCCACCGAGAAAAUGCUGAGCAGUCGCUGCUCAGGGCCCGCAGAAACAUCUUCAAGACCCUCCUACUUGUUCUUAUCACCUUCUUGGUGUGCUGGACUCCGAACCAGCUGUUUAUAUUGAUGGUCAACUUAGGUUGUAGCAUGGACUCUACCGGCACGAUCUACAUUAUUUCGGUUUCCCUGGUUGCCAUCAAUUCAUGCGCAAAUCCCUUCAUUUACGCCUUCAAAUACAGACGGUUCCGACGAGGAUUUCUCUCUCUAAUCGGACGGAAAAUCCAGACUGAGGGGGAUAUGUCAUAG